CAAAUGCUGGAUGACUUAAAUGAGCAUCCUCGAGGUUGCGAAGGAAUGACACAGUCCCGACCAAGACCAUGUUCACGCUACUAAGAAGACGCUUGGCGUCGGCCGCCAGCAGGAGGUGUCCUCGCCGUGCCCUCCUUACCCAGAGGAUCCCGAGGACGACGACGGCUCGGUCAGUGCGCAUCGCAACCUACACCACGACGCCACGGCUCUACCAAGAUGCAUUCCACACACAGCUCGAGAAUGCGGCUUCAGUGCCGUUCCUCUCCUCGUUAGCGGGUACGCCGUCGAAUCCACAGACUCUGACCGAGAAGAUUGUCCAACGAUACGCCGUCGGGCUUGCGCCAGGGAAGAAGGUCAAGGCCGGCGACUACGUGACCCUCGCUGCACAUCACUGCAUGACACACGACAAUUCGUGGCCGGUGGCCAUGAAGUUUAUGUCGAUUGGCGCGACCAAAAUCCACGACAACAGGCAGGUCGUCAUGACUCUCGACCACGACGUCCAAAACAAGAGCGAGGCGAACCUGAAGAAAUACCGACAGAUUGAGGAGUUCGCGAAGAAGCACGGCGUCGAUUUCUACCCUGCUGGUCGGGGUAUCGGCCAUCAGAUUAUGGUCGAAGAAGGGUAUGCCUGGCCUGGUACCGUCACCGUUGCUUCCGACUCGCACAGCAACAUGUACGGAGGCGUGGGCUGCCUGGGGACGCCCAUAGUGCGGACCGAUGCGGCGGCCAUAUGGGCAACCGGCCGGACGUGGUGGCAGGUACCCCCAGUCGCCAAGGUUACCCUCACUGGCAUCCUGCCUCCAGGGGUAACGGGCAAGGACGUGAUUGUCUCUCUAUGCGGCCUGUUCAACAACGAUGACGUUUUGAAUCACGCCAUCGAGUUCACUGGCUCUGAGCAGACCAUGCGCAGCAUCCCCAUCGACGACCGGCUCACGAUUGCCAACAUGACGACAGAAUGGGGUGCUCUCAGUGGACUGUUCCCGAUAGACAGCGUGCUGGUGUCCUGGCUGAGAGCCAAGGCCACCACGUCAGCAAUGCUGAACCCGGAGCUCGGUGCUCGCGGGAAGUUCACCCACGCUAAGAUUGACGAGCUUGUCAACAAUCCGCUUACCGCUGACCCAGGCGCUACCUAUGCCAAGUCUCUCUACCUAAACCUGUCCACCCUCUCCCCCUUCGUUGCCGGACCCAACUCGGUCAAGCUGGCUACACCGCUGAAAGACCUCGAGCCGCAAAACAUCAAGGUCGACAAGGCUUAUCUCGUCUCUUGCACCAACUCUCGUGCGUCUGACAUCGCGGCUGCCGCCAAGGUCUUCAGGGACGCGGCGAAGGACGGCGUCAUCCCCAAGGUCGCGGAUGGUGUCAAGUUCUAUAUCGCAGCCGCAUCUCUGUUAGAGCAGGCUGCGGCUGAGGAGGCGGGCGACUGGCAGGUCCUGCUCCAGUCUGGCGCUGAGCCUCUCCCUGCCGGCUGCGGUCCGUGCAUCGGUCUAGGCACAGGCCUUCUUGAGCCUGGCGAGGUCGGCAUCAGCGCGAGCAACCGCAACUUCAAAGGACGCAUGGGCUCCACGGAGGCCAAGGCCUACCUCGCCAGCCCCGAGGUUGUGGCGGCCAGCGCACUACAAGGCAAAAUUGCCGGUCCCGGCUGGUAUCAGAAGCCUGAAGGUGUCGAGAAGGUCAUCAUUGGCGAGGGCAACGGCGACCACAUGCAGGACAAGGUCCUGAGCAUUGAAGAGGCCCUCGACAAGAUCAUCUCGCAAGCCGACGGGAUGAUUGCCAGCGCCGAGAAGGAGAUGUUUGGCACCCAGGCCGAAACCACGGCAGACGAUGCCAGCGAAGAGACGCUAACCGAGAUUCUUCCGGGCUUCCCCGAGGAGGUCGAGGGAGAGAUCGUCUUCUGCGACGCCGACAACAUCAAUACCGACGGCAUUUAUCCUGGCAAGUACACGUAUCAAGAUAACGUCUCGGUCGAGAAGAUGGGCGAGGUCUGCAUGGAGAACUACGACAAGGCGUUCCGCACCAUCGCCCGCCCGGGCGAUAUCCUCGUGGCCGGCUUCAAUUUUGGCUGCGGCAGUUCCCGCGAGCAAGCUGCCACGGCCAUCCUGGCCAAGAAGAUCCCCCUCGUCGUGGCGGGCAGCUUUGGUAACAUCUUCAGCCGGAACAGCAUCAAUAAUGCGCUCAUGGGGGUCGAGGUGCCGCGGCUGGUGCAGAGGCUGCGCGAGACCUUUGGCGGGAAGGACGGCGAGAAGGUGCCGACCAGGCGCACUGGGUGGAAGUUUGUGUGGGAUGUCCGGCGCAGUAAGGUGAUUGUCACCGAGGGCGAGGGCGGCGAGACCUGGAGCCAGAAGGUCGGUGAGUUGCCGCCGAAUGUGCAGGAGAUCAUUGCGCGGGGCGGGUUGGAGAAAUGGGUCAAGAGCCAGAUUUCAAAGGCUUGAAGCGCUGCUUCGAGGCUGUAUAUUGUUGUAGAUGUUCUGCACGCUGGUUGUCGUUGAUACCACAGUCAGUGGUGAGCUCGAGUGGUCGCCGAAACUGGGGCUUGCAAAACGGGACGAAAAGCUUGUAUAGAAACGCAACGAGUCUCAUGAGGAAUCUGUUAUUGCUGUGUCUUCUCCCUCCGAGAGACCAGAUUCGACUGCUAUCAAGCUUGUUGAAGG